AUUAGACUUCAUAGUUUGUUUUAUAAAAUAGGUUUGGCGAUGUCCUUCUUUUCGACUGCACUGGAUAAACUAGCAUAUUUUUUCUCACUGAUUGCGUUUUGUGUGACUGUUUCAUAUAAUUGGGUGAAAUGAAAUUCUGUAGACGAGUUUUUCAAGUUGGAUAAUGCAAAAUGGAUUAUACUAACAAUAGGUGUGACUGAGCAGUGACAGAAUGCAGAGGUGGUACCAUGUGGUAACGCUGGUCCUCCUGGUCUCAGCGAGUGAAGACUUCGACUGGACCAAGAACCAGAGGACCUCCUUCUACUAUGGCACUUUCCCACCUGGGUUCUCGUGGGGUGCGGGCAGCUCAGCCUAUCAGACUGAAGGAGCCUGGAACAUCGAUGGGAAAGGCCUGAGCAUUUGGGACGCCUUCGCUCAUAAGAAAGGAACGAUCUCCUCCAACGCCACUGGGGACUCGUCCUGCGAGGGAUAUUACAAGUUUAAGGACGACGUUGGUUUGAUGAAGGACAUGAAAUUGAACCAUUACCGUUUCUCUAUCUCCUGGCCACGGAUUCUACCAAACGGACUGAAAAAUGAACAGAUCAAUGAAAAAGGACUCAAAUACUACGACGACCUGAUCAACAUGUUACUGGAGAAUAAGAUCACUCCUAUAGUCACUCUCUACCACUGGGAUCUGCCUCAGCUGCUCCAGGAGAGGUAUGGGGGAUGGCAGAACAGCAGCAUGAUCAACUACUUCAACGACUUUGCAAAUCUGUGUUUUGAGAAGUUUGGAAACAAAGUGAAGUACUGGAUCACGUUCAACAAUCCGUGGUCCAUUGCAGUGGAAGGAUAUGAGACUGGUGAACAUGCUCCUGGUUUGAAGCUGAGAGGAAUCGGCGCAUAUAAGGCUGCACAUAAUAUUAUCAAGGCUCAUGCUAAAGUCUGGCACACCUAUGACACACAGUGGAGAAGUAAACAGAAAGGUAUGGUGGGCAUCUCCCUGACUGCAGACUGGGGUGAGCCUGUGGACAGCACAAACCAGAGGGACAUAGAAGCAGCCGACAGGUACAUGCAGUUCUCCCUGGGCUGGUUCGCUUCACCUGUGUUCUACGGAGACUACCCCCAGGUCAUGAAGGAGUACAUUGGUCGUAAGAGUGGUCAGCAGGGCCUGGGACUGUCCCGCCUGCCCGUGUUCACACCCCAGGAGAAGAGUUACGUCAAAGGCACCUGUGACUUCCUGGGUGUGGGCCACUUCACCACACGCUACGUCACCCAGAGGAACCAGCCCUCCACUCUGGGGGACAGCUACUUCACCGACCGAGACCUGGCUGAGUUGGUUGACCCGGUGUGGCCCGACCCCGGCUCUGAGUGGCUCUAUGCAGUGCCCUGGGGCUUCAGACGCAUGCUCAACUUUAUCAAGAGUCAGUAUGGAAACCCCAUGGUCUAUGUGACAGAGAAUGGAGUGUCAGAGAAGAUCAUGUGCACUGACCUGUGUGACCACUGGAGGAUUCACUACUACAAAGACUACAUCAACGAGAUGCUUAAAGCUGUUAAAGAUGGCGUAAAUGUGAAAGGGUACACCGCCUGGUCACUCCUGGAUAACUUUGAGUGGGAUGAGGGUUAUUCUGAGCGUUUUGGACUUUUUUAUGUCGACUUCAGCAGCAAAAAUAAGCCGCGGUAUCCCAAAGCCUCUGUCCAGUACUACAAACGUAUCAUCAGCUCUAAUGGCUUUCCCAACCAGAGAGAGGUAGAGAGCUGGAAGAGGAAAUCUAAAGAGAUGUGUUCCACCAGUAAUCAGUUAUUGGCUGCAGACCCUUUGAUUGGCCAUAUGGAGCUGGUGACAGAGAUAGUCGUCCCCACAGUGUGCACCCUCUGCAUUCUCCUCAGUGCUGUUCUCCUCAUGUUCCUGCUGCGGAGACGUUUUUAAAAAAAAAAAAUGUCUUCAAAAAACACAGGAACUAUGUAUUUAACCAGUCAAAAAGGUUUACAAUACUUUAGACCAGUGGCUCUAGGUCUAAGAGGGGACUACAUCAUUUCCACUGUAGUUCUAAAUAAGAAAGUAUCCAAAGGAGGACUGUCCAAGCUGUCCAAGUACCAGCAGCAGGAGCUUGUGUACCACAGUUUGAGACACCCUGCUUUAGACUACUUCAGAAAUAGCAGAGUUUUACAUUGUAUUGCAUUGUAUAUAAAUGAUUUGAACUUACCCGGGUGAGCUUCUUGUAAUGUGAUUCUGCUUGAUAAUAAGGUGAUUAUUUUCAAGUUAAAAUCUUUCUCAGGCUUGGUAGGCUAGGCUAUUUGAUUAACCUCACUUGUCUCACUGUAAUUUGUGUCUUGUUUGUA